CAUUAACAUCAUAAUUUCAUUCCUUGAUCCAAAUCUCAAUAUUUCUUCAAUCCUUCUUCAAAAACGCCUCAACCAUGGCCGAAGGAAGAUCAAAGUCUAAGGCUUCCAAGAAGAAAAGCACCGCCGAACCCUCGAGCUCUGCGCCUCAACCGUUCCCCUACCCGGACGGAUCGUUUCUUGAGUUCGGGUCGGAGGAGGAACUCAACCGGUUCCUCACGCACUUUGCCAAGCGUCCCAUUUCUCCGCCUAGGGUGCUGACCGAGUUGUACCCUCAACAAAAGGGGUACCACGACCUCGACAAUCAGCUUCAAGCAUCGGGUCUGAGGUCGUUCGUCUCCAGGAGCCGCUCGAGCUUCAAUCCCGCCUUUGUGCGAGCCUUCUACUCCAAUCUCCGCCGGGACGGGGACACCAUUCGCAGUAGCAUCAAUCUCUACGACAUAGAGAUUGAUCUGGCUACCUUCGCUCGGGUCGCAGGGCUGCCCACCCGCGGUGACGACAUCACAACAUAUGGCGGCGAUGAUUGGAUCCUCAACAACGAGGCGCCCCGCCGGAGAAGCGUCUUCUUCUCUACAUCCUCACCCNCGAUUCACUCGGCCCCACCGGACAAGCGCCUCCUCCUCUACAUCAUCACCCGGAUUCUCCGCCCCCGGGACAGCAGCCAUACCUCGCUCUUCAACGAGGACUUGAAGGCGAUUCAUGCCAUCAUCCACGGCGCCUCCAUCAAUUGGGCGAAAUUCGUGAUGAUCCACAUGGCGGAUUGCGCCUCCAUCGCCACUGAGCGGAGCUUGCCAUACGCCUUCCUCGUCAUGGACCUCAUCAUCUCCGCCGACAUCUCCAUCGCCGGCCCGGAUACGAAGAUGACAAAGAUUUGGAUAAUUCAAGACAGCACCUUCCGGAAGAAGUCCGGGGACCGGGACGACGCAGGCCCGAGUCGUGCACCAGCCCCCGCUCCCGCCAAGGCCUCUUUGCAAUCCAUAGCCGAUACUCUGAAUCGGCUAACCCUCACAGUAGACGGCAUGGGGCAGUCAAUCGAGCGGAUGGACUGGACGCUGCAACGCCAACACCACGACAUGACGGCGUUCUUCCGCGGCGUCAACUACGUCCCGCCGCCCUUUGACAACACCUUCUUCGGCCAAAACUAUGAAGGCGAGGACGAGGAGGAUAACUCUUAUGCUCCAUCCUCCUCCCCUGACGAGGCCGACUUUGAAGAUGCGGUCGACGGCGAUCCCAUGGACGUCGAGGACGACGAGGACGCCGAUGCUUAGAUUUUUUUUUUCUCUUCUUACUAUGAUUGUAUUUUUUAUUCCGUUGUAUUCCGCAUUUCCCUUUUUCAUGAAUAAAAGUUUACUUUUACAAUUCUAAAGUUUACUUUUAAUUCUUUUUGUUAAUGUCAAAAGGGGGAAGAUAUUAAGGUUAUGCAUAAAUUAAGGGGGAAUUU